AUGUUGUUUGAAAAUGUUGGGUACAUAAGGGCAUUGCACCAAGCCAUGUACAUUCUGAUUUCAUGUUUAUCCGUCAACUCUGUGUUUGGAACAGCUGCUUUUUUCCCGAGGUUACUGACAGACUUGCUGUCUGAUACACACUCAGUCUCCCGUGAAGCAUGUAUCUUACAGGCUUUUGUCAUUUAUUCAUAUGCAUCAAAUGAAAACACGAUAUUAAUGUUAAUGGCAUUUGACAGGUAUGUAGCAAUCAGUAAACCAUUACAAUACAACAACAUAAUGACCCCCAGGAUUUUAUCUGUUUUAAUAGCUAUAAGCUGGAUUUAUCCGAUGCUUUGUAUUGCUAUUGCUGGUAUAUUAAAUGCCAGUCUCAUGAUGUGUGGUAACAAACUGUGGAAGGUGUACUGUCACAACUGGGAAAUUGUCAAGCUUUCUUGUGCAAACACUAUUGUUAAUAAUGUUUUUGGCUUGUUCAUACUGACCACAACUGUUAUCAUGCCUUUAAGUUUUAUAUUAUAUUCUUAUGCUAAAAUCCUUAUCAUUUGUAGAAAAAGCUCACUAGAUUUCAGGAGAAAAGCAUAUCAAACUUGUAUUCCACACAUAGUGAUCCUCUUAAAUUUCUCAGUAGCUCUUUUUUGCGAGGUCACUUUGAGUCGG